AGAAAAAAGAGUGGUUAUGUCUCAACUGCCAAACUCAGCGUCUGAUGUCAGGAGGCGGUCUCGAUGAACCUCCUCUACCUGUUCCACAUUUGUCUCCCAAGCACCAACCGAUGGGCUCACCUCGUCAAACGGCGACAACCAGUCAGCAAAGCCCUCUUCACAAGCCCCCUGCUCAGCAGGGGCCCAAGCAAGCCCAGCUCCAAACACAGAAACCGCAGGCUGGUAGUGGUGUCAGUGGACCCUUUCCACCAACGGCUGCCAAGCCACCAACUGAUGCCAAGACCACAACACCAGUUACAGCAUCAGUACCAACCACUGAGACCCAGAAACAGCCAAAACCAGCAGAGGCGAAGCCCAAGACAGAGCACGAGAUCCAAACCCCCAAAGAGACAAAACUAUCCCAGAAGAAAGGAGAGCAGAUUACGCCAAUCAAAGAGAUUAAGAAGUCCAGGCAUUAUGACGAUACAAAAAACAACAGUACCCAUGACUUGUCACGCAGCCCUCAAAGCCUCAGUGACACCGGCUAUUCCUCUGAUGGCAUCUCCAGCUCCCACAGUGAAAUUACAGGUCUAAUUCAAGAGGAGGAGAUGAAACUGAGUGAGAGAGGGAUCAGCGGACGUGGCUCUCCACCUAGCCCCUCUGAAAUCACCAAGCUUGAGAGCUCCAUGAGGCCACUGCUGGAGAAGAGCCUCUCCGAAGAGAAGUCAGACAGAAGGGGAAGGAAGCAUAGAGACAGAGACCUGGAUGAGAGAGGAAAGCAACGUCCACGUUCUCUUUCAAUUCCACCGGAUGCGUAUGAUUCUGAUGAGGAACUAGAGGACAUAAUGGAGGAAGAAGAAGAUGUCGUAGACUGGGAAAGUAAACGCAAAGAAGGGAAGGAAGAAAAGAAAGAAAAGAAAAAGAAGGAAAAGGAAGCUGAACCUUCAGAAAUGACGGAUGAGGAGUUCAUGAGGAGACAAAUAAUGGAAAUGAGUGCUGAUGAAGACAUUGAGGAAGAGGAAGAGAUGGAAGAAGAUGAAGAUGAAGAAGAUGAAGGUUAUGGCUACCAGAAACCUAAGAAAACCCACCAUAAACAUAUAGUGUCUGACUCAGGGAAGGAAAAAAGGCGUCUUCAACACCACUCUAGUAGUUUUGAGGAGGAAACAAAGAGUUCUACUGAUGUUUAUAAAGGGUCAGUGGAAGAGGGUGAGGAAGAUGUAAUGGCAUCACAAGGUGGCUUGAGGCGUUUCAAAACGAUUGAACUUAACAACACCAAUAGCUACAGUCGAGAUAUGGAGCUGAGCAAUGAAAAUGACUUAAGCCUUGAUCGGGAACCAGAACUGGAGAUGGAGAGUCUAACAGGAUCUCCUGAGGAGCGCUCCAGAGGUGACUAUUCUUCAACUCUACCACCGACUUCAUCCUCAUAUGGCUCAGGUCAGUCUCCUACAUCGAUAUCAUCGAUGGAGGAAGACAGUGAUAGUAGUCCAAGCAGGAGGCAAAGACUGGAAGAGGCCAAGCAGCAGAGGAAAGCACGACACCGCUCUCAUGGUCCUUUGCUUCCCACCAUUGAAGACUCUUCAGAAGAGGACGAACUGAGAGAGGAAGAGGAACUUCUAAGAGAGCAAGAGAAGAUGAGAGAGGUAGAACAACAGAGAAUAAGAAGCACGGCACGAAAGACCAAAAGGGACAAGGAGGAGCUGAGGGCACAAAGGCGUAGAGAAAGGUCAAAGACACCACCCAGCAAUCUUUCACCUAUUGAAGAUGCUUCCCCAACAGAAGAACUGAGACAAGCAGCAGAAAUGGAAGAGCUUCAUCGUUCCUCUGCUUCUGAGUACUCCCCCCAAAGUCUGGACUCAGAGGCUGAGGGAUAUGAAUCAAAACUGUACAAAUCAGGCAGUGAGUACAACCUUCCUACCUUUAUGUCUCUCUACUCAUCGGUAGAGAAAUCUUCGACAACAACAACCACCAGUGCACCAUCUUCGUCUUCCAAACCUCUGAAGAGUGCUGAGGAAGUUUAUGAAGAGAUGAUGAGGAAGGCAGAGAUGCUUCAAAAACAACAGCAACAACAGCAACAUGCAAGACACGGUCAGUAUUAUGAGGAGGACAUCAAUGGCCAAAAUUAUGAGGAUGAGUAUGACUAUGAACAAGAUCAAUCAGGAUAUGACAAUGAGGCUGCAGAGACAGAAACAGAUAUCUAUGAAGAGAUCCGGCAAACAUCUCAGAACAUCACCAAGAUGCAGCAAGCAACAGAUGAGCAGGUAGAGAUUGAGAUUGAGAGCUCUUACCCAGACAAGCAACUCUUGGAUACAGGCUCGGCCUUUGCCAAGCUACUGGAGCAAAGCAAUGCCCUCUUAACUCCGGGAACCAGCCCCACCCAAAUUUCAGCUCCUGUCUCCUUUGCCGAGACAGGGGGGCGGAUACCCGAUGUUAGAGUAAGCCAGCACUUCACUUCAAAGGAUGGACACAAAGAUAAGAUCAAAAGCCAAGCAGGAAAGAAUGGAAUAUCUCCAGCUGUGGCUGCAACUACUAUCGCAGCUUAUGGAGUUUAUGCCAGAGAUGCUGUAACUCUUUCCCAAAGUGGUUCAAGCAACACUAUCACAUCGACCCAAUCUGAUAUAUGCCGUCGACAUACAGGAAGUUCAGCCCCUUCAUCAGCUACUGUUUCAAGUGUUUGCAGCAAGAUUGCAGAGAUUACCCAGGCCUACAGUCAAAGAGAAGUGAUCACCAGACGGGUUGGGGAAACCAGGGGUGUGCAAGUUCGGGACAGCUCAACAUCCUCUACCGAGAGGAUUAUUGAGCCUCGCUCUCCCAAGUAUACUACUUACUACAGAAGCACCAGUCCUCCUCUCUCUCCAUCCCCACCACCACAGAGUCCAACCCGUUCUCCCUCCAGAAGGGCUACUGCUGAGUUCUCCACACAGACUUUCAGCUCUGCAUUACGAAUGGACUCAGCUGGUUCAGGGCCAAAUUCUCCAGUGAUGGCUCAGGGAACCCAAACAUCCCAUCGAUCAGUUUCUCCACGACUGUAUCGGCAGCAGUCUUCCCAGGAUGCCCCAUAUUCCCCACCAGCAAGCCCAGCUAAGCCAAUGACAGUAAACACUGCUACUUCACCCCUAUCAUCACCAACUCGAUUUAGCCGCCAGUCAACAUUUGAAGCCUACUCACCAUGUGGCAGCCCACCAGACACACCACCUUACCAACAUUCUCCGACACGCAGCUUUUAUCGAACACAAAGAGUGGAGAAGGUUAAUGUGGGAACAAGUAUGGUUACCACAACGAGUAUAUACACCAGAGGGUCCAUGUCAAUGGAUAAUAUCUCCCUGUGUAGAAUAUCCACAGUCCCAGGUACUUCAAGGGUAGAACAGGGCCGUAUGAUCCAAGGCGGAAGUGUUGUGGAUCUAAGGACAGCCACCAAACCAGCUCCAAUUAUUAUGACUGAUCAGGGAAUGGAUCUCACUUCCUUAGCCACAGAAAGUAGGAAAUACCAUGGUGGAUCCGAGGGCGGCCGACAUUCAACAAUUGUACAACCACUUAUCAUGAACUUGAAUACACAGGAGACCACAACACCAACCACUGUGAGUGUCACCGUGGCUGCUUCUAUGUUCAUAACCCAGCCCAAACAGUCAAUGGUGUAUGGUGAUCCCCAUCAAAACAGGAUAGACCUUGGGCAGGGCAUGGGCUCAGCAGUGUGUCUUUCUCAGAACAAACCACCAAUUUCUCCUCCAACUGAUCCAUCAAUACCCAAAAUUGAUGCCAAACUGGAAGACCUCAGUAUCCAGCAGAGAGAACUUCAAAAGCAACAAGAGAAGCUGCAAAAACAGCAAGAGCUGCUUGAACAACAGUUACAGCAACACCAUCACAUACAACAUCAGCAACAACAGACAUCUGUUCUUUCCAGGUACAACCUUACUGGUCAGAUCUCACCUUUACUCAAAAAAGACCUUAUAGUGAGUCAGACUAACACUGCUUCGGCUGUGGUUAGUGCUGUAUCACCAGUUAUUAACCCUGAAUUAUACGGCACUGGUCCAAUUGAGCUGAAAGGAAAACCUAGUCCUCCGGGUUCAAUGUCAAUGUCACCACAUAGUAUGGUAGUGCAGAUGGAUGGAGGAUUAGAGUCAGUUAGAGCAGUGACUCAGCUUGUAAAGGUUGAAGAAGGGCAGGAUGCCGUGGAUCUGACGGGAGGCCAAAUUAAACCUGACAACCAACCAGCUUGCUGUGAUGUUGUUUACAGACUUCCAUUUGGUGGAAGCUGUGUUGGUGCUUCUGAGAAAGAAGGCAUAAGGCCACCAUCAGCCCCACCGACCACCUAUGACUCUGACCAAGAGAGACAACCUGAAAGCUACCAUGAGUAUCAAAUGGAUGCACAUAAGGCAUAUACACUACCUUUUCCUGGUAGACUUCAGCCUUCAAUGUCUGAUACAAACCUUGCCGAUGCUAGCCUACAAUCCUACCACUCUAAACUUGAGCCACAUCUCCAACCUUCAGGUGAUCUUGCAGUGGAUUUAACUGCCAUGAAACAGAGCUAUGGAGGAUAUAUGGGGAUGCAAUAUGGAUCCUAUACAGAUUUACGGCAUGGAGGAGACAUUGCAGGCCAAGUGCUUCCCAUUAGAAGAUACAAUUCCUUGUCCAAUAUCAGUUCAGAUUAUGGUUAUUCUGCUCGUGACAUUGCCAGCUUCCAAGAAGCUAAUUUGGCUCAGUAUAGUGCUACAACUGCAAGAGAGAUUAGCCGGAUGUGUGCGGCACUUAAUUCCAUGGAUCGGUAUGGAAGUAAUCCAGACUUGCAAUUUGGCAGCCUGGGGAGAAAUACUGGUCCUGGAGCCAGACUUGCAGCAGGUCUUGGCAUGAGGCAAAACCUUCUCUUUGGACUUGAUGGGAAGCCAAUCUCUCACAGUCAAGCCCUAACCAACCUCAUCAAUGCCAGACAGGCAAGUCUAAGAGCCAUGUACCCUGCUGCAAUUAGGUCUUCAGAUGGAAUGAUUUACUCCACCAUUCAGACCCCCAUUGCAUCAACACUUCCGAUAACAACUCAGCCUGCCUCUGUCCUUCGACCACUAUUGCGAGGAGUCUACAGACCAUAUCCUUCCCCCAACAUGAUGCCCGUACCCCUAUCUAGUCUUACCAGACUACCCAGAAUGCCUUUGACUGGACAAGCACCAGUUCGUUACCCAGCACCAGGCCUUCUUCAGACAACUUCAGCCACUGCCACUACCACCGCUGUAGCAGCCACUUUAGCACCCAUAGGAGCCUCUGUGUCUGUUUCUGUGACGGCUGCAAGCUCAUCAGUCCAGGAUGAACCUGUGUAUCUUGGCAAAGGUGCCACUGUGACUUCCUCAUCAGCAGAGGUCACUUCAGUGCCAGGAACAGUUGUCAUACCAUCUGAGCAACAGCAGCAACCAAUAAACUUGUCCCAAGCACACCUAAGCAGCCAGCAACAGAAACAGGCUGCAACUGCUCAGCAGUCACAGGCUCCUCCUGCUGCCCAAGCCUACCCACCUCUGUGUUCUGCACUCACCCAUGGCUACAUCCAACCCCCAGGAGGCCCCUCUGUCCCCAGCAGUGGCUUGGCCAUUUCAGGUGGUCUUCCAACCUUCCCCCCACCAGGUGCCAUACACAAGGAAGGUGAAACUGAGGCAGAGAGGCUUCACCGACAGCAGGAGCAGCUGCUACAAAUGGAGAGAGAACGUGUGGAGCUCGAGAAACUCCGGCAACUGCGUCUGCAGGAGGAGCUUGAACGCGAAAGGAUGGACCUCAGGUUACACAGGGAGAAGGAGCAGAUGCUGGUGCAGAGAGAGUUACAGGAGCUACAGAACAUCAAGGAUCAGGUUCUACAGCAACAGCAGCAUGAACGUGAGAAACAACUUGUUCUCCAGCGGGAGCAGCUGGCCCAGCAGAGGUCCCAGCUAGAUCAGAUCCAGUCUUUACAGCAGCAGCUCCAACAGCAGCUGGUAGAGCAGAAAAGGCAGAAAACAGCUGCUGCUCAAAGCACGCAGUUGGAUGUGCAUGGACAACCACUCCACCCCUACAUGGAGUCUCAGAUGAGCUCUCGUUCCUUGCCCAACUCUUCCUCUGAGAUAUGUCUGAGGACCCAGGAGGAGCAUGUGGAGUCCAGAGCCAGUAUGAGGAAACACAGUUCCAUGAGCAGGCUGAGCAGGGACACGUUGGAUGGAGAUGGUGUGGUGUUGUAUGGCUCCCCCCGCAGGAUUGUGGAUAGCUGUGUACAAACUGAUGAUGAAGAUGGGGAGGAGAGGUACAUGAUGCGACACCGCACCAGGAGGCGUGGACGCAGCGUUGACUGCUCUGUCCAGACGGAUGACGAUGAUGACAAAGCUGAAAUGGAGCAUCCAGUCCGCCGAAGACGUUCCCGUUUCUCUCGGCAUACUGAGUCCAGCGCAGCUUCCAGCAGCUCCGCAACAACAACCACCUCAACUACUGAUAACAAAGCUGAAAAGAUGGUUUCCUCCAGUAUUGCCAUCCAGACCAUCAGGGAAAUGUCUUGCCAGACGGAAGUAGAACACCUAGGAAGAGUCUCCCCAGCAAUCCAUGUCACAGUGCCCGACCCUAACAAAGUUGAAAUUGUGCACUACAUUUCAGGACCAGAAAGAACCCAAAAAGGACAAUCUCUUGCAUGCCAGACUGAUCCAGAAGCUCAGUCACAAGGCGUCGUUCCUCCCCAGCUCAAUGUGCCAACAACAGUUAGCCCGUAUUCUUCCUCUACCAGUACCGGAACACAGCAGUCCAGUUCAGUUGACCUUCUGACCCAGCAGCGCCAGCAGCACAUCGCAGCAAAUGCAGCCAAGUUUGACCGACGCCGUCCCGACCCACUUGAUAUCAACUACCAGCCUCAUAACCAUCUCCACAAUGAGUCCAUUUCCAGCAUCAUCCGGCAACAGCAAACAGCCCCAAAAUCUCCACAAGUCCUCUACUCCCCUGUUUCUCCAGUGUCCCCUCACCGCCUGCUUGAGAACUCUCUGUCAAGCGAGAGACUGAAUAAGGCCCACGUCUCACCUCAGCAGAAGUCCUACACAGCCGAGUCCCCCCAGCGACACCCCUCAAUGCCCAGACCCAUCAAAAGCACCCAAAGGUCCAUGUCAGACCCCAAGCCUCUUAGCCCUACCACAGAUGAGCAUACCAAGGCCAGGAUCUCCAUGUAUCAACAACAAGCACUACAGAGUCAGCUGGUGGCCUUACAGCAGAGCUCUCUGCUUCGCAAGGUAAAGCGAACCCUGCCCAGUCCUCCUCCAGAGGAGACCACUACAUCAGCUCACCUGCCCAUGAUGACGCCUGCCCUCCAACAGGCCUACCUACCCUCCGUGCCCAGCCACAAGCCCAGCUCAAGGUCUGGCCUGGCCGCUAAAGCUAGCCUUCUCAAAGAUCUCACCCAUGAGCUGAAGGCUGUGGAACAGGAGUCGACCAAACUGAGAAAACAGCAAGCUGAACUGGAAGAGGAAGAGAAAGAGAUUGACGCUAAACUGAGAUACUUAGAACUUGGAAUCCAUCAGAGGAAAGAGACAUUGGUAAAAGAGAGGGAGAGGAGAGACAUUGCCUACCUAAGAUGUAUGGGCGAUACUCGGGACUAUAUGUCUGAUAGUGAGUUGAAUAACUUGCGUUUAGCAGCUGCAGCUGCAUCGCACGAAACAAACGGACUACUAACAACUAGACCCAGCACUGCUCCACUUAGUCAGUUUACCAGCGACCUCAACACAGCAGCCCAGUACCCACCAACCUCAUCCUUCCUAUCCUGUCAGUACCCCCAGAGCCAACCAGCUGCACCAUCUCAGCAGUCAAGUGUUCCAUACCAGUCAUCCACUUUCAACCAGCCUCCUUACCCAACAGUGUCACAGUCGCAGGCAUUGCCACAACCUACACCCCUUCAGAGCCAUGCCCCCCCCGGACCUUCUUACCAGUCUCAGACAUCUUAUCCAUCUCACACCUACCCUCAAAUUCAGCCCCCAUACCCCCAAACAGACAUGGGGUUACCAGCUGCACCUCAGCCUCAGCCUCAACCAGGGCACACUGGUUUUGCACCUGCACCGCCUGGUCAGCCACCAUACCCCACCCACAGCUCCCCCUAUCCCAGUGCUGUGUCUUCCUACCCCAACCAAACAACUCCAUAUCCUGGGCAGCCCCAAGCUGAUAUCCUGACAGUUCAUCCAGGAAGACCCAGGCAGACAUCACUUGCCGAUCUGGAACACAAGAUGCCAACUAACUAUGAGACAAUAAGCAACCCUACAGUUGUUGUUACAACCACAGCCCAAGAUGCUACUUUUUCCAGUGGGGCCCAAUCUUAUGGUCAGUACACGGGAACAACAACCAUGGCAAGCUCUUAUGGACCUUAUGGCUCUGCACCUGUGUCAAGCAGCUACGGUGGGUACUCUACAAUGCCACCAAGCACUUAUGGUCCAUAUACUUCAACCUCAGCCAGUUCAUAUGGCCAGUACACCACAACCACUGCUAAUACUUAUGGCUACACAACCACCACAGCAAGUUCUUAUGGACAGUACACUUCCACAGUUUCCAAUGCUUAUGGGCACCCUGUGGACAUUCCGUCCACCUUCAGCACAGCAGAUGGAAUGUAUGGGGCUCCAGGCUUAGAACAGAAUAUUCCAAGGAACUACAUGAUGAUUGAUGAUGUAAGCGAGCUGACGGCAAAGGAUGGGCUGGGCACGACAACGGGGGAUAUGAUGCAUCAUGGUGGCAGUGGGCGUUACCCGGGUGAAAUCCAUGGCCACAGCAGCACCGCUGGAAGCACUACGCGUGGGGGAAUUGGAAGCUCCCCUUACGGCAGGGCACCUGAGGAGGAAGCAGCGAUGCAGGAUGAGCUGUACGACCAUCACGGCAGGGGUAAGAGCAGCUACAGGCACGGACCUCUAGGGGGCAGCAGCAGCAGCGUGAGCGCUAGCAUGGGUGGGGGAUCUACCUAUUUCUAUGACUACGACUACAAACAUGGCAGCAUCCGCUCCGGGGUACAAAAACCUUUAUCAUCCAGAAGCCUUCUGGCUCCUGCAGUCAUGUCCUCCAAGCGCAGCAAGCACAGGAAGCUGGGAAGUAUGGAGCAGAAAAUCUCAAAGUUUUCUCCAAUUGAGGAGGCUCGGGAUGUGGAGGCAGAUCUAGCCUCGUAUUCCUCAGUGACAGGAGGGGCAUACCCCUCCUCCCACAUUCGAGGGCGCCAGCUGAUUGAGGAUUACGGAUUCAAAAGGAAUACUUAUGAUGGAGGCAGCGGCUCUACUCAUGGUAGUCGAUACAAUCGUAUGAUGGUGGAAGAGGACGAUCGGAUUUAUUACACCCCUACUGGCCGCUCCCGUUCCACUGGCUACGGCAUGGACAAGAUCUCUUCCAAGGACUACCAUGGGUAUCGCAGUCGAUCCUACGAGAGAGAUGACCGUUCCUACCGAUCUGGCUACAGGGGACGUCACCCAACCCGGCAAUACUCAGAGGAGGAGAGCCCACUGAGCCCCUUGGGGCAGUUCAUGGGCUCUGGGCGAUCUUCAAGCUUAGGUCCCGACCCAUAUGAAAGUCGCAGCAGUAGAUAUCAAUACUAUUAUGGCCAGUAUGGUUCCAGUCACUCACUGCCAGAUGUUCAAGACCACAUAAGGGACCUUCCUCGGACACACGUCUACAAAUCGGAUGAUACAUACAUAAUAGACGAUUAUCAUUGCGCUGUAUCUGACAGUGAAGCCUGCAUGCCGCUGUCUCCAAACGACAUGGAGAUUGACUGUGAUCUGCUCUCGGUUUCCAAAGCCUACCAUCUGGGCCAAGAAGAAACUGAUUGGUUUGAGAAGCCUCGCUCCAGUUCUCGACACUACGGCAGCAGCCACUCAUCUGGGAGGAGUCGGCAUGGUGUCAAACACACCUACCACGAAUACGAAGAGCCUCCUGAGGAGGACCUCUGGCCCCAAGAUGAGUAUAGCCAUGGAGGGCGACACUCAUCAUCCCGUGACCACAGAAACCAUGGCAACACAGGCCGCCACUCUUCCACAUCACGUCAUUCAGAUGAGCCAAGAUCAUCUAGGUCAUCCAAGGGGCACCCCAAAGACCCCUCUAUGCGGCAUGAUCCUUCAGGUAGAUCUUCCUCUUCGGGAAGGCGUGGUGAGUCGCGGUCUGGAGGGUAUCACUCUUCAGACUACUCCCGUGAUCCAUCUGGACACCAUCAUGGUCAAAGAUCCUCUAGACAGGGGGACCCACACAGGUCUUCACGCAGCAAGUCCCAGGGUCCCAUGGACAUGCAGGGUCAACCACCAGGCUCUUCCAGGUCUAGCAGCACUGGCCGGGUGCAGGGCUCUGCCGGUGGGCCUGUGGGAUCAGGACGACAGGGUGGUCCUGGUUCUCAGACCGAUGGGGCUCCUGGACAGAGGACCCAGCUCCAACAGCAAGCCCAGACAUCGGCAUCCAGACCAGGGCAGCCGGGUGCCACACCAGCCACUGGACCUCAGCAGCAGACACCAGCUCAAGGACAAGGGAUGGGUAUGGGCAUGGGGCAGGCACAGGCUAAACCAGGGCAGAUGGGACCAGCAGGUGGACCCAUGGGCCAGGCCAGGCAGACGGGUCCAACAGGAACCACACCACCCACCAUGACAAAGAUUGACACACCUCCGGCAACAGCUAUUGGAGCAAAGGCAGCACCAGUCAUGGCCUCAAAGACUGCCCAGCCCCCUCUCACAGGCAUUGGCUCCAAGGCCGCUCCAAGACCUGGAGGUAUCGGCAGUGCAGCAGUAGGUCCGCCUGGCAUGGAGGGAGACGGCAUGUUAUCCAAAAUUCUGCCCGGAGGAGCUGCUGAGCAGGCCGGCAAGCUGGGAGAAGCUAUCUCUGGUUUUGGCAAGAAGUUCACCUCUUUGUUCUGAGGUGAUAUGAAAUAAGAAAAGGACUAUGAAGUUUAAAAUAAUGAAGUCUUGAGGCCCUGUACCAGAAAAACCUGUGAAAUUCCCCCUACUUUUUUUUACGAGAAGAGAGAACAGAAGGAGAGAGGAGUGGCAGAAAGGAGAGCCGAGCAUACUGCCAACAUGGAUUGGAACCCCCUGGAUGCUUCAUGUUUCCAACUUGAGCACAUAGUGGCAGAGAGAAGAUGCCCGACUCUCUGACAGACCGGACAAUCAUUCAAAGCCCAAACCAACGUCCCUCUUCAGAGGAGCCCCUUUAUUCACCCCCCCCAGCCGCAGAAGUAAAACAUAGUGCAGCCUCUUGAAAUACCCAUCAGCCGCUGCAAACAUCUCUGCCCCCUCAUUCAGAAAGAGCACUGAAAAAUCAAGAUUACGGCAAAGAAAACUUGCUUGUGAGGGGAACUCUGUGAAAACCAGAGAUUUGCAGAGGCGGUUCACACAAGAAGAGACAAAGAAGGCCCUACGCCACCUCACCUCUUCGUGUGGAUUGGAACUCUUCAGAUUCAACAGAUGGAAGCAGGAGCGGUCUGCACCCCAACGACCGCUUCGUUUAAAGAGAGCUGCUUUUUUUCCCGGCCGGCAGAGAGCUUUAGAUUUGCUACACGUGCUCUGGCAUGCAGGGAUCCUCGGUUUCCUAGUCCUGUGCUCAAAUAAGGAAUAACAGCGACAAUCUGCCUCUCUCCUCUUUUUAAUCUCUUUUCAAAGUAAGAAAAAGCUGGAAAAAAUAAUAGUUACUGCAGGUUUUUCUGGUACUAGAGACGUCUUGUUACUUCACCAAGCACUGAGAAGGAAAUGAAGUCACAGAAAUAUCACUGUAGAUGAAGAAAAGACAAUGAUGACAAUGCAGCCAACACAGAAUGAAUGCAUUGGUGUGCAUUUCUUUCCACUGUUUUCUCUGUUUCUAUCUACAUUCCAGCUUGGAACUGUGACCCACGCCCCUCCUCACCUCUCUUAGUUUCUUGAAUGCUGAUUCUUCUUUCUUUCUUAUUCCUGUUUAACAAUCCACGACUUGCCAUGUCUUAAAAGAAUAGUGUAGUGGAUAAAAAAAAAAAACAUAUGUAAGAAUUUGGAAUGCAUGAACUUUAUAUUCAAGACCUUACACUGUUCAUCGUUACUUACCAGAGGCCAUAAAGACACUGGAAAACACAUCUUAGACAUUAAAAGUAAUAGCAAAGAAGAUACAUGAUUGGAGCAACACACAGGGGUGCAGUUAGAGGAGCAAGAUGAGUUUUUUUCUUUUUAAUGUGUUCUCAAGAAAUGAUCUGAUUGGGGUUCAGAAUGACGCUGUUUGGUAGAGUUGCUGUUUUGCCGUUGCAAAGCCAUGAAAACAACAUUUACCUGCAGUAUUUGUGAAAAAUGGCAAUCACCAAACGCCCCACAAGACCUGUCUCUCUGAUGUUACUCAUGCUUUUUUGAAGAGGCUGUCAUUUCUCUGUGUUUGCUUUAUUUGACCCAUUUCAUUUUAUUAUUUGCCUGGCUUUUAUGUUUCUGGUUACCAAUAUCGCCUUAAUCAUUUUUAGAAUUUUUUUUAUUUUUAAGUGAGAUUUUUUUUACAUCCUGUGGCCAUGUUUGCAUCGCACCCUGUUUUUUUUAUGUAGUAAUAUCAACUGGAAUGCCAGCCAGAGAGAGAAUGAUUUCUAUUUUUUCAAAUUAAUGUUUAAUUUUUGAUAAUUGUUUGUGAUAUUAAACAUUUAUUUAUUUUUUAAUUAAUUUAUUAAUUUAGUUUUAGGUAAUUAUUUUCAUCAAGCCCCUGAAAAUGAUCUUUCUAAUCAAUAAUUAUCAAAGCAAUAGAGUAAGAGGUAAGAACGCAAAGAGCACAAUUUGGUGUUAUUGUAAUGGAUGGUGGGAUAGAAAUGUGUUGCUUCUGUCUGUCUAACUUACCAUCGAUGUUCUGCUCAAGUCUUACUUAAACACACCACAGAAAGGAGCUCCAUUGCUGCCCAACUGCUGAGAGCAGGAGCUCACCUUUAAACCACACGACCAGUACCAUCGAGAUCUUUUCCUCCAACAAACCGAUGAGACAUUGGAGCUGUCAAGUGACCACUCAGUGGGUCAUAGCGAUACACUGCUUGCAUUAGCCAACUGGAGUCCGAUCUGAAAGCACUGCAGGGCAGCAGAGAGGCACUGAAAAGCAGACCAGUCACACAUUGCAGUAGAACUGGACUCGGGGUUUGGGUUUUCAUGUGAUUCUUCUGAUCCUCCAAGAUGGACCUUUGGUGGGAGUCUGCAAAGCACUCCUUAGUGUGUGUCGGCAUGUGUUUUCACUCUGUCAACUGCACACUGCACACAAGAAAGCACACUGGAAAUGGUGUCAAAAUGGGAAAAAAAUGAUGAAAAACAUCGUGACUGAGGAACCAAAAAUAACACACCUGGUUGUGUCAAAAAGUCACUCGCCUUUUUUUACUUUUUGGUUUUCUAUCGUGGUGGAGUCCAGACUUGCAACCCUAACCCCCUCAAAAAACCUCUCUGACUGUCAGUUGUCAUGGAAACUUCUCAGGUCAGUGCUUGCCCUGCUGUUGCUCCUGCAGUGCAUUGUGGGACCCGUGGUCUGGUACUCAAAACGCACUCCUUCUGGCCAAAUAUUCUGAGGCCUUCAGCGAAACAAACCAACCGACCAACUUUUGCUGUAUAUUGUCUGUGUGAACGCUCGCUGGGAACCUUCGCAUGCUGCCCGGCGCAGAAAAACCUCAGUCACCUCUAUAUUGUUCUGUUCCUAAUGUUUGUACGUAUGUGUGUGGGGGUUGUAUAUGCGUGUAAUUAACAACCGUCAUCCAAUGUGGAAAAGAAAAGAAAAGUAAACCAACACCAAGUUCAAACUACGAGAAAUAUGGUGGGCAGAAGAGGCGACCUCUCAUCUCCAGUCGUUCUAUGCAAUGAAUCAUAUUUGGGACAAACAGAAGCUUCAGGAGGUUAAGGCAUGCAAACAACAAUGAGGAAAAAUAAGUCAUUUUAAAUCACUUCUGGGUUUUAAUAUAAUAUCAUAUUUAUUUUGUUUGAAAUAAGUGGAAUAGUUGUUAUAUGUAAGUUUAUGAAAUAAGAGAGCGAUAUAAGUAGUUUAUGUUAACCGGUUCAGGGUCCCUUCCCCAUGAGAUGGGGGGGCUGAAGAUAUGUUUGUGACAGCUGGGAAAUUGUAACUCUGAGUUUGUAGCUUCAGACUGAAACAAGCACUGCUUACAUAUUGUUUUCAAGGAAAGGUGGUUUGUAAAUGAAGUUAAAUACUUCCAACUGAUUCUCACUGAGAAUUAAGGUUUUAAGCAUAAAACAAAAGAGCAAGAAAAACAUGCUACCACUGGCUGUUAUUGAUACCAGUGCUCCAUUCAGUUAGUAGCAACAGCAAAAGAUCCCAGUUGUCUUGAACUCAUCUCUGUAGGAAUUGGUAUCUUGAUUAGUUUACCAGAGUUGGAUCGGGAAUUUGGAAAAGUUGUCAAGAGAUUUAUAUAUAAAGUAUAGACAUAAUGAAUAAACAUAUAUAUAUAUGAGAUAGAUUUAAACAUAUCUAUGGUCUGUUUAAGAAUGAAAAAGAAUAUUUCCUUUAUUUAGAUUUUUUAAUCACCACAUCAUAAUCUAUUAUACUUUCUCAGAAAUUGUCUGUGGAAAAAAUAUUUUAAAAAGUUGACUUAAAAGAGCUAACUCUGAUAUAAAAGUAUUACUAAUCAUGAUGGAAAAUCUGUACCUUAGAUUUGUCUUGAAACUGCUGUAAACUACCAGCAAAGCAUUACUCGAGUCAUUCCAAAUUUUGAGCUGUCAAAAUUAGUUUACUGCUGUGUGUCUUAUUGUGAGUCUUUCAAAUGUGCUCUGCCUGACCAACUAAAAUACUUGAUUUCUUAGCCAAAUGCCCAGGAAGAUAAAUUUUUGUUUCCAAGAAAGUAAAUAUUUAUUUUAACUUAGCAUCAGACUUCAGUUGAGUUAGUGGCACAUUAAAAACAAGGCAGUUAAAGUAAAAACAGUUUAAUAGACAAUUCAAUUUUUAAAAAUGUGGUUUAUCCAACAUAAAAUUAUCCCUUAAUCUCAGCUCAUUUUGAACUAUUUGUUGAGCCUCACAGGUCACUGACUUGUGUAAAAAUAUCAGAUUAAAAAUAUGUAUAUUUUUUUAAAUACAUUUAUUAGAUAAUUCAUCUAUUUAAGAAUUUAUUUUAUCAUAUGGAGAGAGAUAAGAGAGCUAUAUGGCAUUGAUGAACAGAGAUGUAUUAGGUUUAAAGAAAUUAUCUAAUGCAGGAUUAAAACCAAACCAUAAUAAUCAGAUUUUUAAAAUCUAAAUAAGCUAAAUGUUUAUGACUAAGUGGUACCCUUCAAAGUCUGUUUGCACAGACUGUUUAUUUUAUCUAUCACAAUGAUAUAUUUUCUAAGGAACUUUCUUUUUCCGAACAAAACAGACUUAAACCUGCUGUGAAUUGAUUCAUAUAUCUUUGCAAUUCCCCCCAUUUUAUCUUCUCGAUUCAAACUUGAGUCACACUAUAUCGAGAGGAAUUAAUUUCCCUUCAGGGUUUUUUAUUCUUCCGUUUCCCGCCUCCAUAAAGUGAAAUUCAGCUACAGAGUUAAGAAUCUGAUUAUUCUGGAUACAUUACUCAAUUUCAGUCUGUUUGGUUGCACAUCUGAUGCAUGUGGCCCUAAUAGGCAUCACCUCACAGAUACACUGCCACCAGACCAGUGAUUUCAACAAAGAGCUUAAAACCAGGUGUCCAAGUAGAACAACGUGAGAGAGAGAGAGAGUUUAGAGUUUCCCGAAAUUAAUACCAACUUCCUCUAAUGUGUGUUGUAUGUUUUGGAAGUUUUUAAAAAAAGAAAAUGGAAAAAAAGUUCAAUAAAACAAUCUUCAAUCACUUUUGCCUCAGGAAAGCACACACUAAAUGCAGCGUUGCAGCGAGGACAGUGGGGGGGGGGGGGGUGCAGGGGCAGUGGGUCCGGGUCUGAACACUGUGGCCCAGACGGGGUCCCGUGGCCGCUGUUCACCGGAGGGAGUCGCUCAUAUGUGAAUGACACAGCCACGAGUACACAGACAACACGAACUGUGUCGAAAAGUGGAAAUGUCACCUUUUUUUAUUUUUUUGUUUUUUCAUUUGCUCCGGUGUUAAAACAGCCUCUGAUGGGGGUUUAAAUAUGCAUAGCAGCAAGGGCUUUUAUACUACAACACUGGUCACUGAAGAAAGCCAUCCUGUUACUGCCCUCUAGCCAGUCGUGGUCUCUGUCUGUACUCUGCAUGGUGUCUAUCUAUAUCCUGAAAUGCAAUGGACUUCUGCUAUGCUCAGAUCACAGUAAACACCACCAGAACCACCGAGCCACAGCCUGUUUUUCCAAGAGAUUUGAAGCACAAAUGUUGACUAUUUUAAAGGCCAAAUACAACAAAGUGUUUCCCAACAACCAAAAAAUUUGAACUCCUCUCAAAAUAAACGUGGUCAUCUUUAUCCCAGUGGAAAAUAAUAUCUGUGAGGGUUUCUAUCCAUUUGAAAAUGUGAACAGUUCAAAUUGCAGAUAGUUAAGGUGUAACAGGUCAACACAUCUUUAAAUCUGACUCCUUAAGUCCCAUGAAAAUCAACCAGCUUUUCUGUUUCAAAAUUAGGCUUGGAAUACUUAUUUGGAAAAGCCAGACUGUGGGACUGUGCUUGUUCUGACCAAAAUAUGGAGAUGUGAACUGCUCUCUGUCAGCAUAGCGGUGCCUGGCUGGUCUUGAAGACAGGCAACAUAAAGCAGGACCAGAGGAAGAUUUUAGAAGAGAAGAAAUGCAUAUAUAAAUAUAUGAAAAGUAAAUGUUUCCUAGGUGAGAGGUUGUAAAUGAGGAAGAAUGCCGAAACAAACAGCCAUGAGAGAAAAAAAAAAUCCCAUUUUUCACUGUAAAACCAUCAGGGAGAGGUUUUUUUCCAUCCUUCACAUGUAAUGAGUCAAAGUUAAGUGACAAGUGCAUGACCUGAACACCUCCCCACCCAGCCUAUCCAACCCCAGCCCUACCC